AUGUGGAAUAGGUCGGCAGAGCACCAGGCUCAAGCCGGCCCCCACAAGCCUCAUACUCAGAUGCUGUGGCGUUCCAUGACUCCUUCUACCUUCGUGUACAGUUGCUACCGCCCAAGACAGGCCACAGCACGUUCAGCCAGCACCGGUCCCAGAGCGGUGCCAAGUCACGCAAUCGAAGUGGAUGGUCAGCCCGCACAAACUCGGCCAAAGCAUCAACCUCAGCCAAACAACACCAAUGCAGGUCUCUGGCCUGGUUCAUGGGCCAGUCUAGCAGACAGGACUCGUCAGUUUAUUGCUCCCCAGCAGCACCUCUGCUCUGCAGUGCUGCUGACGCAGCGCAAUGGCAAGGUGCCGAGUGUUCCUGGCAUGGAAGGGACUCCGUCGAUUCAAACUCGUCUAAAGAAAGAUGUCAGGAACCCCUUCACAUUCUCCCCGGCGGCAGUAGGGAGGGAGCAAUGCGCCGCCCCUCUCCAGCAACAGCCCCUCAGAGGCAACUCUCCUGGGCUCCAACGUUGGCGCCCACACUCCGUGCCUCCCCAAGGCCAUAAUGAGCUUCGUCGUGCUGGGGUUCCAAGCAGCCUUCAUCCAUCUAUGACAUUCAGGACAAAUGAGGGAGGGAGAAUACCGUAUCUAUCGCCUGCUCAGAAACAACAAAAGAUGCAAGCAGGUGUCAGCGUAAACAGAUCUGCCAGCACGCCACCAGUUCCUGGCCGCAAAGCCCCCAGCCUUGCCAGUCGCGUCUGGUCUUUUUUCCGUGGUUCAACAGAGCAAACGGACGACUGCGAAGGGGAAUCAGUGCAGAAGCAGACUCAAGACGCAUUGACCUCAUCAAACAGCGACGUCCACAGAGAUCACCACCCAGUCCCUACAGUGCGCUGGGCCCAUACAACUCGCGAUAUCCGGCACCAAGCGCAACGAGGCUGGAAUAACAGCCAGCAGAUAAUCCAGCAGCUUCAAGCUAUGAAUUCACCGGGAUCACGUCCUCCAUCUCCCAACCUGAAUCUGCGACAGCGUGCCGAUUAUCAGCCGUCUGCUAGAUUUCCACCGGCUGGCGCGACAGAAUCUUUAGUUUCACAGCAGAAUCCGGCUGCACAAGAGAGAUUGCUAGGUGCCUGUGCUGCUCAGGAACAAAAUAAGAGAAAUAUGUCCCAUGAAAAAGGCCCUGGAAAGAUGCAGCUCCCUCUUCAGCGGCAGCAAGAUCUUCAGGACGCUCACCAUCACGCGCAACUUCCAGCAUCAGCGGCCCAGCAAACUCCUCAGCUCUUGCCGCAGUUGCAGAAGGGACACAUUCUCUGGCAGCAACAACAGCUUCUACAACGUCAAAGAGAGGUACUUCAACAGCAAAAGGAAAGACUCAUGCAGCAGCAGGCCUCCUGGAAGCUGCAGAGGCAAAAAACGCUGCUGCCCAGUAAAUGCCUGCCGCAGCAGCCGCUCCAGAAGACAGAGCUCGAGAAGUCCCGGCAACGUUCAUACGAAUCAUCGAGCAUAUCUAGCCAUUUGCAAACAAAGGACGCAUGCCCCCCUCCACGAUGUUCUGUAAAUCCAGGUGCCGCAUUAAUUCGAACUAGGGGAAGCCUCGAACACUGUGGCGCCCCUACUGAAGAGCACCGAUAUGAAGCAAAGCAUUUACAAAGCCCUACUAGUUUCCAAAGAAGCGCCGGGGUACCGGAAGCUACACAGCCACUGAAGUGGGAAGUUAGCGAGAGUGCUGAAACUUCUGCUGGGUCCUCAGGUAACGCUGAGUUCAUUACUGCAGAGAACAAAAAGUUGCACUUCACAGCAGUUGGCGGUAGUAUGGAACAGCGCUUGCAACUGAGGUGUGAAGUGAUCGGAGAUCCACUCGCUAUACUUACCAAGUCAGCACUGUUUGGAGGGACCACUACUUCUGAACAGCACGCAGUGGAGGCAGAAUCUGAAGCGCGCACAGACUCUACUGCUGAACUGAGCGAUAAUCUUCCCACUGAGCAAACGGAAGCUGUUCCACCUCAAGUUACAGUUGAAUACGAGGGGAAGCAAAGUGCGGCAGGUCCAGAUGGCCAGUGCCCUUCUUCAGAUGAAGGUGGGUCAAACGUACAGCAAGAGCAAACCAUCCGCGAUACUGGGAAAAACGAAUCAUAUGAGGCGAAAGUGGAUAUGAACAGCAAGACCACUGAUUGGCAGAUACAGAAAAAGUUCAUAUGGACUCCGAGGCUACUCCGCCUCCCCCAGGGUCUAUUCAAAAUCGGCCCCCACGACCUUAUCCCCGUAGGCCCACUGAUAGCGGCGAUCUCAUCAACAAGAUACACCGGGCGGGAAGAUGAAGAUUGCAUUACUGCCGACGAAUGGGCAGAGGACUCGAGCUACAUUGAGGCCUUUUUACCUAUAAAAUCCCUUGCAGAAUUGGAAAGCUUUGAAAAGGGCCAGGAGGCCGAAGAUAUGCUAGACGUACGCCAAGAUGUGGUUGGCUGCGGGACAUAUGGCAUUGUGAGGAAGCUCAGGCACAAGAAGGGUGGCUUCACAGUCGCCGUCAAGAGUAUUGAGAAGGAAACUGUGGUGCAGGCUGGCAUGGUGAACCAAGUGGAGUUUGAGCUUUACGUGCAAAGGGAUUUGCUGCGCCAUCAAAACGUGCUGCGGUGCUUCUCAUGCGUCGAAGACGCACAGUACCUACACAUAGUGCUGGGCUUCUGCGAACAGGGUGAUCUCUACCGCCGCAUUCGGGAGCAACCUCACAGGCGCUUUUCAGAGCUUGAAGCUUUCUGUUUCUUUGCACAGCUAGUAAAUGGCCUCCAUUGUGUCCAUGCCAACGGCAUCAUCCACAGGGACUUGAAGUUGGAAAAUCUUCUGCUAACCAAAGGGAAUGUGCUAAAAAUUGCGGAUUUCGGCUGGUGCGGCUCAAUUGUUGGUUGCAACCGAAGCUUCAGCUUCUGCGGAACCUUAGACUAUCUCGCGCCUGAAAUGGUUAAAGGGCAAGGACACGACUGGCGUGUUGACUUGUGGAGUUUAGGUGUACUUCUCUAUGAGCUUUUAGAUGGGAGGCCUCCCUUCCAGUCGACCAGGCACUUCGAGCUCGUUCAACGGAUCAUAAUGGUGGACGUCAGAAUACCCAGCCAUAUCAAGGAAGAUGCUGGAGACUUGAUUAAAAAGCUCCUCAGAUAUAAUCCAAGCGACAGGCUACCGUUGGAUGGCGUUGCUCAACAUCCUUGGGUCCUUCGAAUGUGGAAGGAGCUGCAGCUGCAACUCCUGCGAAGGGACCCUACUGCUGACCUGGAGAAAUUGGUGUCUGUGACGCCCGGCACCGAUUCUGAAAUUGAACCGGCGCAUUUCCCGCGUCGUGUCCCACCGCUGAGCUCUUCGCUGACUUGUCCCCAACAAGCAAGAGAAUCUGGCAGCACCUCGAGAAGAAGUACAGCCGCCAAGGGGUCGGUUGCAGUGGCGAAAAGUGGAGUAUCGCGCCUUGCGGCCAGACUAACAGCUGUUCAAAAUCGCCAAAAUGUUGCGACGGAAAAGGCGUCAAACAUUGCUCUAUUGAGCAACCGGAAGUGCACUGGUAGACUAGACCUUGAUGCUGUUUCCAGUGAAGGCUGCAGGGAAAGGUUGAAUUCAUCGCCGACGACAGAGACAACAACGAGGAGAGUGCAAUCUACCCUCAGGAGUGCUCCCGCUUCUUCCUGUUCCCAAUCACGCCGCAGGACACUUCCAAAAGCCACGCCUUCCCCCACGCACACCCGCACUCUCCGGUGCACAAGCAGAGUCUCUGGAACAGAACGAACACAAGCAACAGAGUGCUCAGAAGUAUUAGACACUUCCGCAGCUCAUGUGGCACUGAGGAGGAAUGCAUCUAAGGGACGGCCCUUAUCCGUAGGACAGAAGAACAAGAGCAAAAAGGCUCCUCUUGUUGACCCAUCUUUUGAUUUUCAGAGCGCAACAUGGAUGAAAGAGAAGCGGGAGGCCAACCCUGGUGUGCAGGAAAGUUCACCAACUCCCCGUGCACUGGCAGGUGUACCUGGUAGCGAGCGGGAGCAGCACCACGUUGGCGAUAGCACAGAAAGAUGUGCCUCAAAUCACACUGCGCCUAUCCCCUUCAGCCAGAAGGCCGGAAUUGUGCAAGACUGUGCUGCAGAAGAAGUUCAGCCUCACGUGCCACAUCCUCGCCAAGGAGUAACGUUUCGUCAAGAUACACGCUCAGCAGACGAUCCAACGAAAUGCUCCACCGUAGUCUCUGAAGAUGCGGGCUUUUAUGCAGCAAAUGAUGCCACAUCGUUGCCAAGCCUGAAGAAACUGCGCAGCGUAUCUGCGAAUCCUAACGGACGUACCGGCGCUAUGCUCCGGUUACGGUCAACUCCCAACAAGCCUCAAGUCGAACAGGAUCAAGCGAAGGCAUCAGACUUUCCGAACUGCCGCCUACGAAUUGGAGCAGAAGUUAACUAUGAACUACGCGCGCCGAGCCAGCAACGUUUGACUUCAUCGGCAAACAUACGUGAUGCGACGAAUGCUCCUGCUGUAGGAAGCAAACAGCGGACCCCCUCGAAAUCAGCAGAGUCAUACGUUUGUCCAAAUUUGGGGAUAAGUAGUUUGGGCGAGGAACACUCCGUGCAGCCAUCUGGCAUGAUAUACCAUCCACAAGGGACACGUCCACGAGAGGUCUUUAAUGAACAACCCCUUCUGCAAGACUCUCGUCAUGGUUACACACAGCAGUUUGCCCCACCCAACAGCAACCCAGAGCGUUUUCAGGGAAUUACAGGAAGUAACCAUUCAAAUGCCGAGUGGUAUAGAAAUAUAUCACAAUGCCAAACGCCUGCCUACCAGGCUGUUGAAGCCGGCCGAAUGGGACCUUACGUAACUUUCCGGUCAGCGCAAAAGCAACGUCUCGCCAAUUGCGUAGCUGGCAUCCCGGCAAUGCAGCGCCUGUACUUCCCUCAACCGUCGACAAAGACGUCUGAGCGUUCUCCGGCGCCGUCAAAGUCUACAGUGUUUCCAACGGGCCCAGCCCUCAAUGGACCGCAGCGGCCACAAACCACACUGGGACCUGCUCCUAAACAGCUACCACAAGAAAUAGGCAUGAUGGAUAAUACUCAAUGUCGCGGACUCCCGGUUAUAAUUUCAAUGCCACAACCGAGAAACACGAAAUUUGUGAGUAGCCCAAGUUCUCUGUUCAGUUCGAAGUGCUGA